CCGCGCUUCAGUUACUCGUGCCCAGUCGACAGCAUGUGUUGGCGGUGUACGUCUCAUUAUGCGAUACGCGACGGUUUCGCGUGAGCUAUCGUCCGGAUUGCCUGCGCUCGUAUGAUCUGGCGGACCUGGCAAUCAUCUCCUUGCACUCGUAUGGCUGUGAACGCGGGAGAUCUUACACUGGGUAUGACCAUUUUGUGGAAUGUAUACAUGACUAAAAUAACGUGAGAAAAAUGGUAAGCAAUUUACCACAAGAAUUCAAGAGGUAUCAGAGGAACAGGAAUCAGCUACGUCAUAUACUUGAUGAGACACAGCGUACACUAGAAGUCAUAAAACUUGAAAACUUUUUCCCUGGAGAGAAUAUUUUCGAAAAACUACUACCUCCAUUGACCUUGGACAGAAUAACACACAUCCUUGAUAAUUUCCCUGCAAUAGUCAUUUUUGGGCAAGACAAUAAAGCCAAAGCCUCGCUGGUUAAUAAUUUACUCUCUGUUGAUAUUCUGCCAUUGUCCAACGAUUCAUGGAGAUGGGUCAAGAUUACUUAUGGUCGUACGAAUCAUGUCAGUCUGACAUUAGGUUUAGAAUACGAAGUAGUAGAGACGCUACAGGCAAAUGAAAAAUCAUGGAGCACGCUCCCUCUCGAAGAUCUGGAAAAGUCGACGAAUGAAGAUAUCAAUUGCCCUACGGUGCUGGAAGUGAAGUUAGAUCAAGCAAUACUGAAGGAAGGUGUUCAAAUAUUUGUUGUCCCUAACAAUGGUGUAGUAAAAAUUCUUGCUAAAGGUUUAUUGAAAAUUUUACCUAUAUUUCUUUACGCUCUCGGAGAACAACCAUUGACUGAAGAAAAUUUGGAAGAAUUGAGAGAUUUGAAAGAUACUUAUCCAUAUAAUCCGAUUUUAUUUAUAUCGUCAUUAGCUAAUGUUUCGUUGGAUGGCACAGACGCGGAACUGACUGAGUCUGAGCAGCAUAGUCUGCAAAAUCGGAUAGAAGUGCCGAGCGUAUCCAAGGAGUCUAAGAGUGAUGAUAGUAUUAAUAUUGACAAAAUGAAUUCACUCGGUCUAACAUGGUUAGAUCAGUUGAGCAGUUUAGGGUUCCUAGGGAUGGAAGAGUCUGUAGAGGUUCAUCAGUUAACGUGGCUUGUCGGCGAGCGAUACGUUAAUAAUUCGAGCGAUCUAGUGGAUUCAUGCAAAAAAACAGACCGCGUUUUACAUUUUACGCGUGCCUGCUUGCAAAGCUAUUUAAUUAAUGCAAGCACUUAUUUGAAUGAAAUACACACGACCAGUUUACGUAAAUUUAUUUUAAGUGCGUUUGACAUGGCACGAAAAAUACAGAUCACUCCUAGAAGGAUACAAUAUGCCCAACAAAAGGAAAACGAACUUUAUGCUAGUCUAAUGAAGGUUGUUAAUGAGCAGCAAGUUGAAUUGACUGAGUUAAUACAAUGUAUUAUUCAGGAGAUGAAAGACGAUAUAUUAGGAUCUACCGGUGAUAUUUUCCAGUAUCAGACUGUUCCUUUCGGUAGUGAACGAACAGAGUGGACGGUCACUGUUCGCGUUGCGACAUCGGAAGUUCAACGAUUCGUGCUAGGUCGUUUGGGCGAGAAAGUUGCAAAGGAACUCGUAAACUCGGUCAACUGUCUCCGAGAAACUUUUAUCGGUACUCUUCAACGUUGCUUAAUAAGUCUCGAAAAAACUUACGAACACGACAGUAGUCUGCUAGCUAGCGAUGCCUUAAAACAAAUACUCUCUGCGGCGUACAACGUGGAAUUGCACAAUUCGUCGCCAUCGUUAGUGCAUUCGUUCUUGGAAAGAUUAAGACAACUCUUCAAAUCAUUACCGCUGCCAUGGACACCUACUCCGACUUUAGACGCGACUUGGAGGAGGAAGGUUACCGUUGAUAUCCUGAAUUCCUUGUCGGCAGCGAGAUUGGCAAAAACAAUUUCCACACAGUUUAGAGAUAAACUGAAAUCAUCGCAUGACGCCUUCCAGACUGCCCUAAAAUCUCUGGAGAACUAUUAUUCGGGAAAGCUAGAAAGAACCGAGGAACAAAGAGUAGCUAUACGAAAGUACCAUGCGCCGAAACUAGCUAAACUCGCGUUGGAGUCCACAUCGAUGAUGGAUGCGAUUCGGUUUGGCAUUCCUCAUUACACCAAAGAGAUUGGCAGAGGACAGUAUGGUGUGGUGUUUGCUUGCGAUGGUUGGGGUGGAGCACCGGGACCGUGCGCAGUAAAAUCCGUUGUUCCACCAGAUGAGAGGCAUUGGAACGAUCUUGCGAUGGAGGUUUACUAUACUAGGUCGAUACCAGAUCACAAAAGGAUAGUGAAGCUUCGCGGAUCUGUUGUCGAUCAAUCAUAUGGUGGGGGAUUCGGAUUGGGCACCGCAGUUCUUUUAAUUACCGAUCGGUUGAGUCGCGAUUUGUACUGUGGGAUACACGCCGGUCUCUCGUGGUUGGAACGAAUACAAGUAGCGAUAGACGUGCUGGAGGGAAUACGCUAUCUUCACUCACAAGGUCUAGUUCAUCGUGACAUUAAACUAAAGAAUGUCUUACUUGAUACGGAAAACAGAGCUAAACUAACUGAUCUCGGAUUUUGUAUUACCGAAGCUAUGAUGUCGGGUAGCAUCGUAGGAACACCAAUCCACAUGGCGCCCGAACUCUUAUCUGGCCAUUAUGAUAGCAGUGUCGAUGUCUAUGCUUUCGGCAUCUUGUUUUGGUAUAUAUGUGCUGGGAAGGUUCGAUUACCAUAUGCAUUUGAACAAUUUCAUAAUAAGGAGCAGUUAUGGACAAGCGUACGGAAAGGUCUUAGGCCUGAGAGACUGCCACAAUUUGACGAGGAGUGCUGGACGUUGAUGGAACAAUGUUGGUCUGCAGAGCCGUCCAAACGACCAUUGCUCGGUGCAAUUCAACCAGUGUUGGAGUCUAUUCAGGAAAAAGCAGAAAGAGGCAAGUCCUUGCAACUAGGCGCACUGAAACUACAAGAGAGCUCAUCAUCCGAACAAGCAAAUCCCGUGUUAGCAUUAGCAGAUCCUAAUAACCAAAGAGGUGCUGUAUUUAGUCCACUUCCUCCUAGACGCAAGGCAUCUAGAACUGUCAAUCCUGUUGCAAGACCUUUUCACAAGACCAAAUUUUUCCAAACGGAUCAUACAAUCUUCACAACCGAGCCUGCAUGAAAAUUUGGGUGGAUAUUGAUAAUACAAUUGUUUUAAGGGAAUAUAAUAAAUUGUACAUUUUUAUUAUUGAUAAGUAUAAAGAUAUGAAAGAUUGUACGUAGAAUACGUAAUUUAAAAAGCGCUAUAUAUAGAUGUGUAGUCUGUAUAUUUUUUUAAAAGAAAGGAGGAAUAGUAAUCUCAUGAGGUAUAAGUUAUCAGUUAUUCAGUUAUCUGAUUUCGAUCCUUUGGUUAAGUUUUAAUCAAAUAUUUAUAAUAUAGUUAUAAUGAUAUAUGUUAAUAAUAAGUUUAUAACAUAUUUUCCUAUAAUGUUUUAAAAACGAUAUGAGAUAAUUAGUUGAUUAUUAUUUAUAUAUAUUUCUAGCAAACGGAAAUGGAUUAAAAAAUUAAGAAUUUGGAUUCAGCAAUGAUCACACAAACCCAUUUCAUAAAGUUUAAGAAUUCCUUGAAUCCAUUUUAAUCCAUGAAGUGAGAUUGAAAUUAUGGGAUUUCUAUUUUUUUUUAAUUCAAAAAAAAAUAUGUGGGCUAUAUAAUCCAACGGGAUUGAAAUAAGGAAUUCCUACUUUUCUAAUGUGAAAGAAGUUUUCGUGUUCUAUUUUAAUCCAUGAUAUAGGAUAGAAAUGACGUAAUUGCUUUCUUUUAAUUCAAAAUGUAUUCAAAUGAAUUAAAAUGGAUUACAAAUUUUCAAUCCAUUUCUGUUUACUGGGUUGUUAUUGUCUGUAAUGUGAUAUUGACUAACCUCAUUUUUACAUCAUAUCAUAAAAUGAAGAAAUCUAGUGUAAUUAAUGAAAUUGACCAACCGUUUUGUAAAAAUUCUCAAAGUUCAAUUACUUAUUUAAUUAUUUAUUGUA